AUGGCCUUCCAACAAGUCGCUUCUUGCAUAGCCAGCACCUCGCGAUCGGUCUUACGCACUUCUACCCGCAAACGAAUUCACCCAACAGGAGUAACCCGCAGCGCAAUAUUCCCCCUCUACCCGCACUACAGCACCCAAAGAAAAGACGUCUAUCCUGCCCAGGAGCUUCUCAAAACUAUCACUCCUUUGAACCCUUUCAAUUCCCCUAUGGAACAGGAACGGGACAAGGACGAAAAUGCUCUUCCUAGAAACGAAAAGAUCAAGUUUGAGAUGGUACAACUUAUCGACCGCGAAACCAGGACGUUAGGCCCUCUCCGACCGCUUGUGGACAUCCUCGCCGAAAUAAGGAAGGGCAAGGAAUUCGUACAGCUCGUCAGUCACGAGAGACCUCUGGUGAAGAUAAUAACGUUUGACGAGGACCGGCGUGCGGAGCGGACGCGGAAGACGCAGCAGAGGGCGGCGAGGGCGGCGGGCAGGUCGAAGGAGGUGCAGAUCUCCUGGCAGAGUGAAGCGGGCGAUCUCGCACACAAACUCGACAAGGUGCGCGAGGUGCUUGCAGAACACAACCGUGUGUCGGUCCUGUUGAGCGGAAGGCCCAAAACGCCCCCCCCAACUGACGAAAAGAGGGCAGAGAUGGAGAAAAAGGUGUACAAGGUUGCGGAGGCGAUGGGCGCUUUUGAGGUCGGCGAGCCUGAACGAGGUCGGAGGCACUCAAUCCUCAAUUUCCGACCUAAGACAUCGGCAGGGAGUGAAGAGGGGAAGUGA